ACCUUCAGUAAAAUAAAUUAUAUCAUUGUUACGUGAAUAAAAUCUCUUCAGGUUUACACAUAACCAAAUACGGCGCCAGUGGCCUUGUCCAUCCGUUCCACUAGCACGAAACUAGUUAGUUCCACAUGUUAUAAAUUCACAAUCGGAAGUGAAUUUUGUGUUUCGGAAACAAUGGCACACGAAAAUAACGAACAAACGGAUGAUGAAAUGUCAAACAUACCUACAACGAAACAAAGAGGAUUUUGGCACAAUGUGAGAAAGUAUUUAAGAGAAUAUACUGAAGUAACAGGCGUCCACGGACUUCGUUACGUCACCGAAAAACGAUCAAGAACGGAAAAGGUUGUUUGGGCUUUGCUUCUAAUACUUUCUUUAGGUGGUUGUAUCUACAUGAUUAGUGAAAUUAUGUAUAAGUAUGAGAAUACUCCAGUGGUUGUCAGUUUUGCUACUGAAGAUACGCCAUUGUAUCAGAUCCCGUUUCCUGCUAUUACUAUUUGUCCGGAGGCAAAACAUAAUAAACAAGUGUUCGGCUACAGGGAUAUCUACCGUCAGAUACAGAAACAGGAAAAAGUAGAUGAAACUAACUUUACAAAAUUUUCACAUUUGCACCUUCUGUGUCAAGACAUUGAUAUUAUUGCAACAAUUGCCAACAAAACGGUGGGUCCGGACUUUUUUGAAACCCUAGACGAAAUAAAAAUUGACCCAGGUGAAAUGUUUAUCGAUUGUUCAUAUAACGACGAAGAUAUUGAGUGUGAAGAUUUUUUUACACCUAUAAUAAUAGAUGAAGGAAUAUGUUAUUCGUUUAAUAUUUUAGGACGAGAAGAAGUAUUUAAGGAUCAUGUUUAUAAUUAUGCACAAUAUUACCACGUUCCUAAUAAAUCUGCAGAUUAUUUUAAUAUAGAAACCGGGUAUAAAGAGAACGCUAAUAUGAAUACGUAUCCUAGAAGAGCAAUGAUGUCUGGCGCCGACAAUGCAUUGUUGAUAUUUUUUAACAUUGAUACAGACUAUAUUGACCCCAUAUGUAAUGGCAUUUUUAAGGGAUUUCGGGUUCUAAUUCAUAACCCUUGGGAUGUACCUCGCCUCACAAAACAUUUCUUUCGUGUACCUUUCAGUAAAGUUGUUGUAGCGGCUAUGGAACCUGAAAUUAUUGUUACUUCUGACACUGUCAGAAAAUUUAAACCUGAAAAAAGAAAGUGUUUCAUGCACGAUGAACGUCCCUUGCAAUACUUCAAAUUUUAUAGUCAGCCUAAUUGUUUACUUGAAUGUCAAACGAAUUAUACGUUGAAAAAAUGUGGUUGUGUUCAAUAUUUUAUGCCAAGAAAUAACAAAACGGCAAUAUGUGGCAACGGUUUAUCCAAAUGUGUAGAACAGGCUGAAAGUGAAUUAAAAGAGAAAGAACUUGAAUCCAGAUUAGGAGGAAAACGCUUUUGCGACUGCAGACCUGCUUGCACAAAUAUGAAAUUUAGUGUGGAAACUUCACAUAGUGAUUUUUAUUUUAAGGAGUAUUUUGAAACACAUACACAGAAGAUGAAUGAAAAAAAUGGCACAUAUUGGUCAGUUCUGCAGAUAUAUUUCAAAGAAGAGCAGUUUAAAACAAUGGAAAGAAAUGAAUUAUAUGGUAUUUCUGACUUAAUAUCCAAUUUCGGAGGCCUCUUAGGAUUAUUUACAGGAUUUUCGUUGAUUUCGCUAGUUGAAAUUAUAUACUUCUGUUCUUUACGUAUUUUUUGCAAUGAAAGAAUGUAUGGAAUUUGGUCAGGUCCUUAAAUUAAAGGACCGAAUAACACUCACUGUAUAAUAUGAAGCAAUCGUCUAGGAAAUCAUUUAUUUUACAUCACUCAUUUCCCACAUUUUGUAAUUAAAUUUUUAACUUGAAUGAU